AUGUCGAUCUCAGAGGAGCUAGCGGCGUCGCUGGGAGUGGCUCCCUCCCUGAUCACCCUCCUGCUCUGCCUCUUCUCGUCCAUCCCCGCGGCUCUGGUCGUGCGCUUCUUCCCGGGUCCCACGCUGAAGCAUCUCUACAGCAUUGCCGCCGGAGGGGCUCUCUGCUGGGUGGCGUAUGGCGGCCUUCACGGCAAGUCUCAUAACCCUCUGUGGUACCUAGCAGCAUACGCGUGUUCCAUUUCAGUGGUUCUCGUCGCAACGAGCCUCAACUUCUGGGGCCUCACCCUCGCGUCGUACGCGCUCAUGCUCGUCCUUCCUCGCAAGUGGAGCGGCUACGGCGUGCUCUUUGGCUCCUUCACCUACCUCACCUACUGUCACAUAAGCAACCUGGGAGCGGACGUGUGGAGGCAGGGAGGCGUGGACUUCACGGGCACACUCAUGGUGUUCACGCUUAAGAUCUCUGGGUGCGCCAUGGACUACCAGGACGGCGCACUGCCAGAGGACAAGGCACAGCACCGCAUGUACAGCAACAGGCUGGUGCGGCUCUCUCGGGACAUGCAACAGUCCACUCACAUUCUUCUCCUCUUCCCCCUCGCGUCCACCAGGCGCAGCACCGCAUGUACAGCAACAGGCUGCCACGCCUGUUCACCACAUGAUGACUCCUCUUCCUCUCUUCCUCCGUCCUUCCGCCCGUCUCCGCCCCCAGACGCAGCGCCGCAUGUGCAGCAACAGGCUGCCACGGCUCUUUCGGGAUGCACGCAACACUCCACCCACAUCCUUCUACUCCACCCCCUUCUCUCCUCCCCCCAGGCGCAGCGCCGCACGUACAGCAACAGGCUGGCGCGGCUGCCGUCGGUGGUGGAGUUUGUGUCGUUCGUGUUCUUCCCAGGCGCCGCGCUGGUGGGACCCGUGUUCAACCUCAAGCAGUACCAGGCUUAUGCCGCUGGGCAAGGGUGUCUCCGGUCCCCUGUCUGUCCUUGGACUCCCCACUCCUGCGCCCCCUGUACCCCGUACCUGCAACCCUGUCUUCUGUACCUGCAACCCUGCUUCUGUACCUGCAACCCUGUCUUCUGUACCUGCAACCCUGUCUUCUGUACCUGCAACCCUGUCUUCUGUACCUGCAACCCUGUCUUCUGUACCUGCAACCCUGUCUUCUGUACCUGCAACCCUGUCUUCUGUACCUGCAACCCUGUCUUCUGUACCUGCAACCCUGUCUUCUGUACCUGCAACCCUGUCUUCUGUACCUGCAACCCUGUCUUCUGUACCUGCAACCCUGUCUUCUGUACCUGCAACCCUGUCUUCUGUACCUGCAACCCUGUCUUCUGUACCUGCAACCCUGUCUUCUGGUUAACCUUGCAACCCUGUCUUCUGUACCUGCAAACCCUGUCUUCUGUACCUGCAAACCCUGUCUUCUGUACCUGCAAACCCUGUCUUCUGUACCUGCAACCCUGUCUUCUGUACCUGCAACCCUGUCUUCUGUACCUGCAACCCUGUCUUCUGUACCUGCAACCCUGUCUUCUGUACCUGCAACCCUGUCUUCUGUACCUGCAACCCUGUCUUCUGUACCUGCAACCCUGUCUUCUGUACCUGCAACCCUGUCUUCUGUACCUGCAACCCUGUCUUCUGUACCUGCAACCCUGUCUUCUGUACCUGCAACCCUGUCUUCUGUACCUGCAACCCUGUCUUCUGUACCUGCAACCCUGUCUUCUGUACCUGCAACCCUGUCUUCUGUACCUGCAACCCUGUCUUCUGUACCUGCAACCCUGUCUUCUGUACCUGCAACCCUGUCUUCUGUACCUGCAACCCUGUCUUCUGUACCUGCAACCCUGUCUUCUGUACCUGCAACCCUGUCUUCUGUACCUGCAACCCUGUCUUCUGUACCUGCAACCCUGUCUUCUGUACCUGCAACCCUGUCUUCUGUACCUGCAACCCUGUCUUCUGUACCUGCAACCCUGUCUUCUGUACCUGCAACCCUGUCUUCUGUACCUGCAACCCUGUCUUCUGUACCUGCAACCCUGUCUUCUGUACCUGCAACCCUGUCUUCUGUACCUGCAACCCUGUCUUCUGUACCUGCAACCCUGUCUUCUGUACCUGCAACCCUGUCUUCUGUACCUGCAACCCUGUCUUCUGUACCUGCAACCCUGUCUUCUGUACCUGCAACCCUGUCUUCUGUACCUGCAACCCUGUCUUCUGUACCUGCAACCCUGUCUUCUGUACCUGCAACCCUGUCUUCUGUACCUGCAACCCUGUCUUCUGUACCUGCAACCCUGUCUUCUGUACCUGCAACCCUGUCUUCUGUACCUGCAACCCUGUCUUCUGUACCUGCAACCCUGUCUUCUGUACCUGCAACCCUGUCUUCUGUACCUGCAACCCUGUCUUCUGUACCUGCAACCCUGUCUUCUGUACCUGCAACCCUGUCUUCUGUACCUGCAACCCUGUCUUCUGUACCUGCAACCCUGUCUUCUGUACCUGCAACCCUGUCUUCUGUACCUGCAACCCUGUCUUCUGUACCUGCAACCCUGUCUUCUGUACCUGCAACCCUGUCUUCUGUACCUGCAACCCUGUCUUCUGUACCUGCAACCCUGUCUUCUGUACCUGCAACCCUGUCUUCUGUACCUGCAACCCUGUCUUCUGUACCUGCAACCCUGUCUUCUGUACCUGCAACCCUGUCUUCUGUACCUGCAACCCUGUCUUCUGUACCUGCAACCCUGUCUUCUGUACCUGCAACCCUGUCUUCUGUACCUGCAACCCUGUCUUCUGUACCUGCAACCCUGUCUUCUGUACCUGCAACCCUGUCUUCUGUACCUGCAACCCUGUCUUCUGUACCUGCAACCCUGUCUUCUGUACCUGCAACCCUGUCUUCUGUACCUGCAACCCUGUCUUCUGUACCUGCAACCCUGUCUUCUGUACCUGCAACCCUGUCUUCUGUACCUGCAACCCUGUCUUCUGUACCUGCAACCCUGUCUUCUGUACCUGCAACCCUGUCUUCUGUACCUGCAACCCUGUCUUCUGUACCUGCAACCCUGUCUUCUGUACCUGCAACCCUGUCUUCUGUACCUGCAACCCUGUCUUCUGUACCUGCAACCCUGUCUUCUGUACCUGCAACCCUGUCUUCUGUACCUGCAACCCUGUCUUCUGUACCUGCAACCCUGUCUUCUGUACCUGCAACCCUGUCUUCUGUACCUGCAACCCUGUCUUCUGUACCUGCAACCCUGUCUUCUGUACCUGCAACCCUGUCUUCUGUACCUGCAACCCUGUCUUCUGUACCUGCAACCCUGUCUUCUGUACCUGCAACCCUGUCUUCUGUACCUGCAACCCUGUCUUCUGUACCUGCAACCCUGUCUUCUGUACCUGCAACCCUGUCUUCUGUACCUGCAACCCUGUCUUCUGUACCUGCAACCCUGUCUUCUGUACCUGCAACCCUGUCUUCUGUACCUGCAACCCUGUCUUCUGUACCUGCAACCCUGUCUUCUGUACCUGCAACCCUGUCUUCUGUACCUGCAACCCUGUCUUCUGUACCUGCAACCCUGUCUUCUGUACCUGCAACCCUGUCUUCUGUACCUGCAACCCUGUCUUCUGUACCUGCAACCCUGUCUUCUGUACCUGCAACCCUGUCUUCUGUACCUGCAACCCUGUCUUCUGUACCUGCAACCCUGUCUUCUGUACCUGCAACCCUGUCUUCUGUACCUGCAACCCUGUCUUCUGUACCUGCAACCCUGUCUUCUGUACCUGCAACCCUGUCUUCUGUACCUGCAACCCUGUCUUCUGUACCUGCAACCCUGUCUUCUGUACCUGCAACCCUGUCUUCUGUACCUGCAACCCUGUCUUCUGUACCUGCAACCCUGUCUUCUGUACCUGCAACCCUGUCUUCUGUACCUGCAACCCUGUCUUCUGUACCUGCAACCCUGUCUUCUGUACCUGCAACCCUGUCUUCUGUACCUGCAACCCUGUCUUCUGUACCUGCAACCCUGUCUUCUGUACCUGCAACCCUGUCUUCUGUACCUGCAACCCUGUCUUCUGUACCUGCAACCCUGUCUUCUGUACCUGCAACCCUGUCUUCUGUACCUGCAACCCUGUCUUCUGUACCUGCAACCCUGUCUUCUGUACCUGCAACCCUGUCUUCUGUACCUGCAACCCUGUCUUCUGUACCUGCAACCCUGUCUUCUGUACCUGCAACCCUGUCUUCUGUACCUGCAACCCUGUCUUCUGUACCUGCAACCCUGUCUUCUGUACCUGCAACCCUGUCUUCUGUACCUGCAACCCUGUCUUCUGUACCUGCAACCCUGUCUUCUGUACCUGCAACCCUGUCUUCUGUACCUGCAACCCUGUCUUCUGUACCUGCAACCCUGUCUUCUGUACCUGCAACCCUGUCUUCUGUACCUGCAACCCUGUCUUCUGUACCUGCAACCCUGUCUUCUGUACCUGCAACCCUGUCUUCUGUACCUGCAACCCUGUCUUCUGUACCUGCAACCCUGUCUUCUGUACCUGCAACCCUGUCUUCUGUACCUGCAACCCUGUCUUCUGUACCUGCAACCCUGUCUUCUGUACCUGCAACCCUGUCUUCUGUACCUGCAACCCUGUCUUCUGUACCUGCAACCCUGUCUUCUGUACCUGCAACCCUGUCUUCUGUACCUGCAACCCUGUCUUCUGUACCUGCAACCCUGUCUUCUGUACCUGCAACCCUGUCUUCUGUACCUGCAACCCUGUCUUCUGUACCUGCAACCCUGUCUUCUGUACCUGCAACCCUGUCUUCUGUACCUGCAACCCUGUCUUCUGUACCUGCAACCCUGUCUUCUGUACCUGCAACCCUGUCUUCUGUACCUGCAACCCUGUCUUCUGUACCUGCAACCCUGUCUUCUGUACCUGCAACCCUGUCUUCUGUACCUGCAACCCUGUCUUCUGUACCUGCAACCCUGUCUUCUGUACCUGCAACCCUGUCUUCUGUACCUGCAACCCUGUCUUCUGUACCUGCAACCCUGUAUUCUGUACCUGCAACCCUGUAUUCUGUACCUGCAACCCUGUAUUCUGUACCUGCAACCCUGUAUUCUGUACCUGCAACCCUGUAUUCUGUACCUGCAACCCUGUAUUCUGUACCUGCAACCCUGUAUUCUGUACCUGCAACCCUGUAUUCUGUACCUGCAACCCUGUAUUCUGUACCUGCAACCCUGUAUUCUGUACCUGCAACCCUGUAUUCUGUACCUGCAACCCUGUAUUCUGUACCUGCAACCCUGUAUUCUGUACCUGCAACCCUGUAUUCUGUACCUGCAACCCUGUAUUCUGUACCUGCAACCCUGUAUUCUGUACCUGCAACCCUGUAUUCUGUACCUGCAACCCUGUAUUCUGUACCUGCAACCCUGUAUUCUGUACCUGCAACCCUGUAUUCUGUACCUGCAACCCUGUAUUCUGUACCUGCAACCCUGUAUUCUGUACCUGCAACCCUGUCUUCUGUACCUGCAACCCUGUCUUCAAUUCUGUCUUCACCCCUGCCGUCGCCACUGUUGUCUCCCCUGUGUUCACCCGUGCCUCGCCCAGCUAUGGUCGCCCUCUGGGGCAGUGGUGCCAAGCAAGGCAGCCGACUCCAGCAAGGGGGAGGAGGGGCAGCAGGCGGAGAACGGAAAGGGGGAGGCGGACAGGGCGCAGGGCGAGGAGGUGUGCGAGGGGAAGGGCGAGGGGAAGGGCGAGGGGAAGGGCGAGGGGAAGCUGCGAAAGAUGCCGGAGCCGCUGCCGUAUGCAGCACAGGCGCUGGGGAAGGCAAUCAUUUUCCUGGCGAUGCACCACUUCCUCUCCCAGCACUUCGGCCCUGCCCUGCUCUUCCAGCCCCGCUUCCUCACCUACGGUUUUGCAUACAAGUGGGGUUACCUGGUAAUCGCAAGUAUCUGCCUUCCAUACUCAGGUCAGGUGGCUUAUGAGUUGACUAGAAAAUCCUCUUCCAUCUCCCCUCACAUCACAUCACAGGUGGUUCUGCCUGGUAAUGGCGGGUGGGGCUGCCUGGUGAUGGCGGGUAUCGGCUUCCGCUGCUCCUACUACUUCAUCUGGAGUGUGGCGGAGGCCGCAUUGAUCCUCUCUGGAUUCGGCUUCUCCGGCUGGACCGACUCCUCCCCCUCGCGUCCAGACUG